GGAGUCCGAAAACAAAAGAAAAGCCCAAAAAACUCCCGAAUUUAAGCGAUUUUCCGCAAAACUUUGUCAUUUUUCUGCGUUGCCGUCCCACAUUCUGCGAUCCCCGAUACAAAAGCACGCCCGCAAUGGUGGAUGUAGCACGACAACUGCUCGACGAGCUGAUGGGCCGGAAUCGCAACGAAGACCCGUCCGCCGUCAAACAAAUAACCUGGGAGGACAGUGUCUUUUGUACGUUUUAUCUGGUGAAAUUUUGUCCGCACGACCUUUUUGUCAAUACGCGCGUCGACUUGGGGCAGUGCGCACGACUGCAUGACGACGAAGCGAAACGCCUGUUCGAAGAUGCGAAGCCGAGCUUCAAGAAAACGCAAUACGAGGACGAAUUUCUGAGGUUUUGCACAAACAUGCUGACAGACGUCGAUCGUCGGAUACAAAAGGGAAAGCAACGACUGCUGCUGAUGAACAGCAAACUCGAGCAAAAUAAUGCCGGGGCACCGGUAAAGCCCAUCACGAAGGCACAAGAACAGCUGAAUUCGCUUACGGACAAAAUAAACAAACUCGUGCGCGAAGCAGAGGAAGCCGGAACGCGGGGCGACGUCGAUCAAGCGCAAGCCCUGAUGCGCGUUUGUGACGAGCUGAAGGAGGAAAAGGAGCAAAUUACCAAGACGCAGGAGAGCAUGGGCUGGAAUGCCGCGGAAUUGGCUGCCGCACAGGAAAAGCAGAUGGAAGUGUGUGAAGUUUGCGGCGCAUUUCUCAUCAUUGGCGACGUGCAGCAACGAAUUGACGACCAUUUGUCGGGAAAACAGCAUCUCGGCUAUUUGCAACUGAAACGCGCGGUGGAAGAGAUGCAAGAGGCACGACGCAAGGAACGCGAAGAGGCCCGAAAACGCAGAGAAGAGGAAAGACGCUCGCUCGACAAAGAUCGCGACAAGGAAAGACGAGAUCGGGACAAAAGACGAUCAGGAUCGGAACGUGACCGCAAAUCACAUGGAUACUCGCGAAGAAGCCGCUCAAAAAGUAGAGACCGAAAACGAAGUAAUUCAAAGUACAGCUCACCGCCACAUCAUCGCUCGGAUCGGGACCGUCGAUCCUCACAUCAUUCUCGUCGAUCUCGGACUAAAUUACGAAUCGCUGUCGAUAUUCGCAAGUUGAAUGUCCUUCUAGCCACGCAACGAAAUUUUUCAGCUGUAACGACUGUUUUGAACGCACCUCACACGCAAAAUGGUCCGAAAUUGAGUUAUUUCCAUCACGUUGGCUCAUCGCCGUUGAUCUUCCGAACAGUUGGUCAGCAACUCCAAAUGUCUGCCGAUCUUUAUCCGAAUCGCGAAUGCAUCGUUUCGUGUCACGAAGGCAAACGUUACACAUUUCCCGAGAUUUUGGAGAAGGCAGAUCGAUUAGCGGCAUCGUUCGACAAUUUGGGCAUCGGAAAAGGAGAUCGCGUGGGACUCAUAUCGCCCAAUUAUACAAUGUGGUACAUUACGGCAAUGGCCUGUGCACGCAGUGGAUGCAUCCUGGUGGGACUAAAUCCGGCAUAUCAAGUCCCUGAAUUGGAAUAUUGCGUCGAAAAAGUCGGCAUGAAGGCGAUUGUGGCACCAGAAACGUUCAAAUCACAAAAUUACUACGAAAUGAUUGGGAAAAUUGUACCGGAAAUGCUAGAAACGGGCGUUGAAAAGAAAAUUCAGAGUAAGAAACAUCCAAAAUUGGAAACUGUCAUUAUUGAAUCGAACCGAAAAUUAUUUGGGGCGCAUUCCUUCGAAGACCUCUUAAGAGCUCCGUCUCAACAAGAAAUCUCCCAUAUUGCCUUGUUUCAACAUCUAAUCCAGCCCGAUAGUUGUUGCAAUAUCCAAUUCACCUCAGGAACGACUGGAAAACCAAAAGCCGCCAUGUUAAGUCACUAUAAUUUCAUCAAUAACGGCUUUCAUAUCGGAAAAAAUCAAGAAUUUGACAAGGAUUACCAUCGAAUUUGCGUUCAAGUCCCGUUAUUUCACGCUUUUGGGGUCGUAAUUGGUGUUAUGGCUGCUUUGGUGCACGGUGCCACGCUAGUUUUGCCCAGUCCCGGUUACAAAGCUGAAGAAUCCAUCAAAGCGAUCAAGCAUGAGCAAUGUUCCUACAUUUACGGCACUCCAACGAUGUAUGUCGAUGUUGUGGCAAAGCUCAAGGAGCAACGGGAACACUUGGAUUCCCUUCGAAUGGCCGUUAUCGGUGGAUCUCCGUGCUCCCCGAAGCUCCUAAAGGACAUGGAAGAGUAUUUGGGCGUGGAAAAGGUGAAAAGUGUCUUUGGUAUGACGGAAACGACGGCAGUUAUUUUUCAAUCGUUGCGGGAUGAGGACAAAAAACGCGUUUUAGAUUAUGUCGGGCAUGUGCAAGAACACACGGAAGCAAAGGUGAUCGAUCAGGAUGGUAACGUUGUGGAAUUUGGGAAACCGGGAGAGUUGUGUGUGCGCACUUAUGGCACAAUGUUGGGGUAUUACGGGGAUGAGGAGAAGACAAAAGAGAUGAUUGGACCAGAUCGGUGGCUCAAAACGGGCGAUCAAUUCGUUUUGCACGAAGACGGAUACGGACAAAUUGUGGGACGACUGAAGGAAAUGAUCAUUCGUGGUGGUGAAAAUAUUUUCCCGAAGGAAAUUGAGGACUUUUUGAAUCAUCAACCGGGAAUUUUGGAGACUCACGUCGUUGGAAUUCCAGACGAACGCAUGGGAGAAGAAGUCGCUGCUUUUAUUAGACUUGCACCUGGCAAAGAAACCAUCACAAGAGAUGAAGUCAAGGAAAUGUGCAAAGGCAAAUUAGCGCAUUUCAAAAUCCCAAAAUACGUUUAUGCCGUAAAAGAAUUUCCGAAAACGACUUCGGGCAAAAUUCAAAAAUUCAAAUGUCGAGAAAUGGCGCAAAAUUUAAAUAAAAAUUAAUGGGUGUGAUAAAAUUUUGCUUUUUGAUCAAAGUUACCUUUGACUUUUUUGUUAUUCUCAUUAAACGUCAUUUUUUGUUGCGAUUAUUUUUUUUAAGCAAAAUCUGUAUUUUUUCAAAAAUCAAAAAUGUCUGGCAUUCCAACAUUUCGUGUUCCUG